GCGGUAGAGAUAGUCUAUCCAGUUAGUACUUGAUUAAAAAUUACAACAAAUCAUAGGCUUCCUCUUGGAAGUGGUUUGUGCUAAUUGCAUCCCACAUUGUCCACUCCACUCGGCCGCCCGCACCCGUCUGUCUGCUCGGCAAUGCGACUGGUCCAUCUCAAUCAAAGUGAUUGCUUCCAUCGCACAUCUCACCUCAUUGAACACCCGCCCUUGCUUAAACGCCAGAGCGAGCGACGUUCGCUCCAAGCUAGGUACCAAGAUUUCCGGCGCAACCGCAUGGCGAAAACAAAUCUUCCCAGGUGCAACCUUCAUUUUUAAUAAAUACAACUCGACAACACACCCAUGCUUGCUUUUUUACCUGCAGAGAAAACUAGCCCAGGACAGCCAGCCAUUGAUCGACUACCGGCAACUAAGGUCUAGAACCCGCCCGCCACUUGCACCUGACCUCUGGUAGAGACGCGGUUCCCCCAAUCAACGAUCACUUGCCAUACCCUUGCCGAUAGGUCAUAAGUUUCAUUUCGCUUCGGGGUUGACCUUUGCAGCGCUGUACUGUCACUGCAACAGGGGCUGGGAGCCGCGUCCCCUCCCCGCCUCUUUCCGCUAGGCACGAAAGACACCCGCCCCCACUACAACAAGCCCGAUUCCAUCUGCAAAGGUGCCUGGCGAAAAAUGGGCAACCAAACCUCCGCCCAGAGACAAGCCGGGGCCUCGGGAUCAUCGUCGUCCGCCGCAUCGGCUCAAGCCUCGGCGACGGGUAGCGAUCCUCCCACCCGCUCACAUUCCAGGCGCGAUUCGAAGCAUCCCAUCCCCGUUCAGAACCAACGCGCCGCUGCCCCGCCGGAGCAGUCUCCGGCUCAAGCACAAGGUUCCACCACAGUGCCCCCGCGAUCGCAACAAUAUCCUCUUAGCGUCCCCUCGCCCUCGUCCAGUGUGUCCAGGUCCGCAGAGUUACCCUCUCGCCCGCUGCAGACAGGGCCGGCCGACGGGCCUAGCAAGCCCGUCGCCGUGCCGAACGCUUCGCAGGCGCAACAGAACCAUCAGCAACAUAAAGCACACAUACCAGGCGAAUCUGCACCAGGGGCGGGGUCCGAGGCUCUCGAGACCCCGGAGGCUGCCAUGGUUCCCACCAGCAGCAUGUCUGACUUGUCGUACAUAACGCGCCCGCCACGGCUGCCCUUGCCCAUUGAGGAGGAAAUCCACACACCUGGCUCGCCCAUAAUAUCACCAAACGAGAAUGUUCCAGGCUCCCCCACAGGUGCCGUCGAGGCUCUUGACUCGGAGGAGACCCUCGACCGCAAGUCCUCUGCAUUGAGCUCGGCUACGUUAAAUCAUGAAGCCGAAGAAGAAGAAGAAGGCGGAGAUGAACUCAGUGUCGACAAGACCAGGCCGACUGUUCCCUUCCGCCUCGAGUGGCCGCAUGGAGGAGAGAAAGUCUAUGUUACAGGCACGAUAUUCCAGUGGAACCGCAAACAUCGAUUGCAUCCAGUCGAGGGUAAACCGGGCCACUUUGCCGCAACUAUCCACAUCCUCCCCGGAACCCACCACGUUAGAUUUCUGGUGGACGGGCAGAUGCAGACAUCCACGGAACUCCCUGUGACGGUGGAUUUUGGCAACAAUCUUGUGAACUAUAUCGAGGUCGGCGUGGCCGAGCCAACCCCUUCAGGAACUGUUCAGCAGGAUGCACCCGAAAAGAAGGUCUUGCAGCAAGAACUCGCAGGCUCAAGGGGCCCUUCACAGAUAGAUGAGAAAACGGUGCGCUACAAGGAGGUCGAUCCAAAGGAGGUGUUUGAGCAUGAGAUUCCAAACUAUCUGGUAGAUUUCGAUCAGCCGGAAGAUUCACAUGCGUACCACGUGUCGGUGGGUGCUAUAGAAAAGCUGCCUGCGGCGCCUACUCUUCCCGGUUUCCUCAGCAAGCCCAUCCUGAACGCGGCAGUUCUGAUCAAGGACGACAACAGCGUGCUCAACAUGCCGAAUCACACAGUGUUGAACCACCUUGCCACUUCAAGCAUCAAGAACAACAUCUUAGCAGUGUCUGCAACGACAAGGUACAAGAGCAAGUACGUCACGACUAUUAUCUAUAAGCCAACCGGUCAAGAUGGCUAAACAAGAUGUCUCUGAGGAUUCUUGAACUCUGAAGGAUACAUAAACAUGCAUAUCAUUGUUGGAUGGGGAUGGUGAAGACACCGGGGCCCUAACAACUGGAUCUAGUGGCCAUCCGUUUCUUGGUUGGUACAACACAUAUCACGUCUCGUAAACGAUAACAUGAUGUUGAUAGUAUAAAAUGCCCUCUAAUAUGACAAGGCUCGUUACGCUCUUCUGUCCCAGAU